ACUCAGUCACAGCAGCAGAAGUGCGCGCCAAAUAAGCUUCAACCUCCACCGUCAACAAAACCCCUUCAUUUCUUCUGGUAAUUCUCUCAAUUUUCUCUCUCCAAAAACUCAAAUUCACCAUAAAAAUGGGGAAACAACAGAAACAACAAGUAAUUUCCCGGUUCUUUGCUCCAAAACCCAAGCAAAACCCUUCAUCUCCUUCUUCCAAUUUCGAAAAACCCUCUUCUUCUUCAUCUCCUUCCUCUAAAAUCACCACCACCGUCACUUUCUCCCCAGCCAAACGCCUUAAAUCCUCUGAAUUCAACAAUUCUAACAAAAAACCCAAGCUUUCCCCUCAUACCCAGAAUCCCAUUCCGUCUUUCCCCAAUUCCAACCCCACCCUUCACCAUAAAUUCCUCCAGAAGCUUCUAGAACCUACUGAUGAUGUUCUAGAAGGAGUAGAAUCUUCCUUGAAGAAACCCCAACAACAACAACAACAACAACAACCCCAUACUUCUAAGACAAAGUACACCCCACUUGAGCAGCAAGUAGUGGAGUUGAAGAGUAAGUACCCAGAUAUUUUGUUGAUGAUUGAGGUUGGUUAUAAGUAUAGGUUUUUUGGUAAAGAUGCUGAAAUUGCUGCUAGGGUUUUAAGGAUUUAUGCUUAUGUUGAUCAUAACUUUUUAACUGCUAGUAUCCCUACUUUUAGGUUGAAUGUUCAUGUUAGGAGGCUUGUUAGUGAAGGAUAUAAAGUGGGUGUUGUUAAGCAGACUGAAACUGCUUCAAUUAAGGCUCAUGGGUCGAACCGUGCUGGCCCGUUUACCCGUGGGUUAUCGGCAUUGUACACCAAGGCCACCAUCGAGGCGGCCGAGGACUUGGGUGGGGCUGAGGAGGGUUGUGGGUCAUUGAAUAAUUACUUGUUUUGUGUGGUGGAGAAAGAUGUUUUAGUGGAGAAUGUUGAUUGUGGUAUUGAAGGUGGGUUUGAGGUGAAAAUUGGGGUUGUUGCUGUUGAAACUUCAACUGGGGAUGUUAUUUAUGGGGAAUUCAAUGAUAAUUUUAUGAGGUCUGGUCUUGAAUCCAUUCUUCUAAGCUUGUCUCCGGCCGAGUUGCUUCUUGGUGAGCCUUUGUCGAAACGAACCCAGAAGUUGUUAUUGACAUAUGCCGGCCCUGCAUCUAAUGUGCGUGUGGAGCGUGCUUCAUGUGAUUGCUUUAAAGAUGGCGGUGCACUAGCUGAAUUAAUGUCUUUGUUUGAGAACACUAGCGAAGGUGAUUUUGAGCAUUUAGAAGAUAGUCAUGGAGAAGUUGCUGGUGAAGGAAAUGGGCCUGCAAUUAAGGGGAUCAUGGGUAUGCCAGAGUUGACUGUGCAGGCUUUGGCUGUUACUAUGCGACAUCUCAAACAAUUUGGUCUUGAGAGGAUUUUGUCUCUUGGAGCUUCAUUUCGGCCAUACUCAAGCAACAUUGAGAUGAAUCUCUCAGCUAACACACUUCAACAACUAGAGGUUUUGAAGAACAGCAGCAACGGGUCAGAAACUGGUUCGUUGUUGCAGACUUUGAAUCGUACUCUUACAAUAUUUGGCCAAAGGCUUCUAAGGCAUUGGGUUACUCAUCCAUUAUGUGACAGAAACAUGAUAGCUGCCCGGCUUGAUGCUGUUGCUGAGAUUGCAGACUCUAUGGGCGGCUGUAACACUUCUGAUGCUGCAGCUAUUCCAAGUGAUGUAAAUUUUGUGCUUUCUUCAGUUUUAACUACAUUAGGACAGUCCCCUGAUGUGCAGCGUGGAAUAACAAGAAUUUUUCACAAGACAGCUACCCCAUCCGAGUUCAUUGGAGUUGUUCAUGCAAUUUUACUAGCUGCAAAGCAGCUUCAACAACUUGAAGCUGAAACAGUUCAUUCUGCAUUGCUGAGAAACUUGAUUCAGACUGCUUCUUCAUCCAGCUUGAUAAGCUGUUCUGCCAAAUUCUUAUCGUCCCUAAAUAAAGAGGCAGCUGAGAAGGGGGAUCUGUUGAAUCUCAUUUGCAUUGCGGAUGGCCAGUUUUCUGAGGUUGCUGAAGCUCGGAAAAUGGUAGAAGUGGCUAAUGAGAAGUUGGAAUCCCUUAUAAGUUUGUACCGCAAACAGCUUAGGAUGCAAACUUUGAAUUUCAUAAAUGUGUCUGUGACAACUCAUUUGAUAGAGUUGCCUUUAGAGACUAGGGUACCUUCAAACUGGGUGAAGGUUAAUAGUACAAAGAAAACAGUUCGCUAUCAUCCACCAGAAGUUUUAACUGCUCUGGACCAGUUAUCAUUGGCAAAUGAAAAACUUACUGUCAUUUGUCGUUCUGCAUGGGAUAAAUUCUUGGGGGAGUUUGCUAGACACUAUGCUGAGUAUCAAGCUUCUGUUCAAGCACUUGCUGCUUUAGACUGUUUGCAUUCUCUAGCAAUUCUGUCCCGAACUAAGAAUUAUGUGCGUCCAGUUUUCGUGGAUGAUAAAGAAUCUGUUCAGAUACAGAUUAUCUCUGGUCGUCAUCCGGUUCUGGAGACUAUAUUAGAAGACAAUUUUGUCCCAAAUAAUACUCGUCUUCAUGGAGAUCAACAGUAUUGUCAGAUUGUUACUGGACCAAAUAUGGGUGGCAAGAGUUGCUAUAUUCGCCAAGUUGCUCUCAUUACAAUAAUGGCUCAGGUCGGUUCUUUUGUACCAGCAUCCUCUGCUAAACUUCAAGUGCUUGACGCUAUUUAUACUCGAAUGGGUGCUUCUGAUAAUAUUCAGCAAGGAAGGAGCACCUUCUUGGAAGAACUUAGUGAGGCUUCCAACAUACUCCACCAUUGUACAUCUCGCUCUCUUGUAAUUAUGGAUGAAUUGGGGAGAGGCACAAGUACGCAUGACGGAGUAGCUAUUGCUUAUGCUACUCUGCACUAUCUUCUGAAACAGAAGAGAUGCAUGGUGCUAUUUGUCACUCACUACCCUAAAAUUGCUGAUAUUCAGAAAGAAUUCCCGGGUGUGGUGGGAACGUACCAUGUCUCGUAUCUGGCAACGGGGAGAGAGAAUAUUAGCCCUAAACUUGGUGAAAGUGAUGGGAAGAUGGACCAUGAAGAUGUUACAUACCUCUAUAAGCUUGUACCGGGUAUUUCUCAGAGGAGUUUCGGUUUCAAGGUUGCGCAGCUUGCACAGCUUCCACCAUCAUGUAUUCAGCGAGCCAUCACAAUGUCUUCAAAGUUGGAGAUGUUGGUCCAAAAGAGAACAAAAAACCGUCUACAUGGAACAUUGUUUUCAGAAGGACUGUUUACAGAUCCUGCAAGUGAUGCAUCGGAUAAUUUAUCAGAUCAUGCUGUUUUGUUGGAUGAAAAUGACGAAAGAGGCAUAGUUCAACUGACUGUUGAUUAUAUGAAGUUCUUUCGAAAUUUGUGGUCGAUCUUGGAAAAUAACGACAUGGAAAAAAAACAUGAAUUUUUGAAGUCUGCUAAGCGUGCUGCAGCGGAGUUAAUUGCUUGAUGAGUAAUGCCUAACCUUUUUGUUCUACGGCUCGUGGAAGUGGCAAGAAUAGCCGUUCGUUAUGACUAAACGAGACAUUCUCAACCCGUGUAUAAAGGAAUUUCAUGUACAUGAAUAUAACUAAACUUGUGUUCAUCUCCUGUGCAGCAGGUGUGUUUCUCUUAACAUUGGUUUAUUAGUUGAGCAUAUCAAUUUUGUAAAUCCCAUCUCUUGAGCCGAUCAAAUUUUGUAAAUCCCAUCUCUUGAGCAGAUCAAUUUUUGUAAAUCCCAUCUCUUGAGCAGAUCGAAUUUUGUAAAUCCUGUCUCUUGAGCAGAUCGAAUUUUGUAAAAUCCAUCUCUUGAGCAGAUCAAUUUUCCUAAAUCCUA